GACUCAGAAUAUCGAUGUUCGUGUACAACCCAGAUCACAGAGUAGAAGAAAUGCUUUUUUCCGUACUUAUUUGUCAGGGUGUUUCUGGGUGUUGAAGUAGGCAAAUCCACGAGCCUUUCCUCCCGAAUAAGUGAAGCAGGAUCACCACAGAAAGAAGAAGACGUCAGACAAAUUAAUGAUUGUGACUGCAAGCAUUAAAAAACUUUUUGUCAAAGAGGCUCCAAGGAAUACACAUGUACAGAAAAGCUGAAGGAUUUGGACUGUCCGUUAUUUGUUGUUUCUUCGUUUCAUUAAUCGAACAAGUUUGAUAUAAUUAAAAUCAAGCGCUGCUUGACGAAAAUAUACCAAGGGAUAAUCGGUAGAAGCUCAUCAACAUGGCUGCCAACGAGAUCUUGUUGACUUGGAACGGCAGCGACGUCACCAUGAUCCCAAUCAACAAUAAUAUCACCUUGAUUAGUUAUACAAAGAUCCCAGCCUAUUUCGUCGCAAUCACAUGUCUCAGUUGUAUACUUUCCAUUAUCGGUAGCGUAUUGAUCAUCGCAACAUAUAUCGCGUUUAGAGAAAUCCGAUCAACCAGCCGAAAGCUUCUAGUUUACCUCAGCAUUGUUGACUUUUUCACUGCGCUAGGCAACUUGAUAGGGGUCAUUCGGUACGUUUAUAACUACACCAACGAGAUCUCGACGGACUGUGAUAAUCCCGGACCGGUAUGUGUGGCCCAGAGUGUCAUCACCACGUUUUCCAGCAUGGCAAGUUUCUUUUGGACGGUGAUGAUUGCACUGUACCUUCACGUCAGUGUGGUGGGCGGUGACAGUAGAAAGGCGGACCGCAAGGUGUGGGCGUUCCAUGUGUUAUCGUGGGGAAUACCUGCCAUGUUAACAUUCACAGCUUGGCAAUAUGGGGUGCUGGGGGAGGACGGCUCCCAAACUAGCGCCGGUUGGUGCUGGAUUAAAACCACCUGCUCGGACGGCAUGAGCCCUGGAGAAGAGAUAGGCUGGAUGCUGUUGACGGGGAAAGCCUGGGAAAUCAUAGCCUAUCUUCUCACCCCAGCCAUCUAUGGUCAUAUAAAGUGCCACAUUCACAGAACGAUUGUUCAAGUUCAUCACCGUUAUAUAGACAGCGACACUAUCCAUGCGGUUGAAAGAGCAGACCGGAAGCUGACAUUUGUGCCGAUCAUUUUCAUCCUUCUGCGCAUAUGGGGCACCAUCCGUUUCUUCCUUGCCAUAGGAGGCUAUCAGCCUUCGGAUAUGUCAGCAUUGAUUAUUAUACUUCAGGGGUUUGGUGACAGCGGCCAGGGCUUCUGCAAUUUCGUCUUAUUUUGCCUGACCACUGACGUCAUUCGCGAAAAACUGAGAGAAAAGCCUUUCUGCGCAUGCGCUAGAAUGUGCGAGAAGAUAAGGCCAUGCUUUCUUUGUGAUAGAAAGCAGGCAAUAUAUGUGCCUCAAACGUAUUAUAAUAUACAACUUUAGCUGCAAAUAUGCAUUACAAUGUAUAUAUGGGCAACAUACACUGUAUAUGUAUUGGAACACGAAAGCAUACAGACACGUAACAGGUUAAUUUGGUGGCUUUUUAUUUUGCCUUUCAUUGAAAAAAUGAAACCCGCAAUACUACAAGUCAAGCAUGUACCUUUCUCGCACACCUGCUGAAAGUUACAGUUAGUAUAGCGAUCUUCAAAAGGACCACUUGUUACCCAUAAAAGCAAAGAUUUUCUUUAAACUCAACGUUUAUGACCAUGCUGCUUUUUACAGCAUACAUGUAGGUCCCCUGUAUCUAUGUGAACUCGUAUCAUCUUAUGCGCUUCGCAUGGCUUUUGCUUUCACAUGUACAUAAAUCAUAAUUUUUGUUUAUCUUGUAUUUUACAUGAUAAACUCUAUUAAAUGAAUUUGGAUUCCAGUAAGUGAACCGCCAGAGGAGCACUGCAAAAAAAGUCAAAUUGGAAUUUCGUAUUAAAAAUGUCUGGAAGGGGCAAGGGGGAAGUUCAUUUCCUGAACUUCCCCUUACACUGCCUGUUGUCUUUUAACAAAUGACGGUAUCCGUUUCCACGGUUUUAAUUGAGCAUUUGUGACAAUAUUGUUCAACAAAAGCUUUCUGCAAAAGAACAUUUUGAAAUUAAUAUAACACGGGAUUGUCAAAAGAUAUGAGGAACAAUUUUCGAUUUUAGUGUAUCGAAGGGCGAAACACGAACAAAUAAGUGAUAAUUGUAAUUGUAUAUAAUUUUCUGGCCAUCUAUCUCACAUUUCUUUUUUGUUUGGUUAUGAAACUUUAAUUUGACACAACAUAAAUACCCCAAAAUUCCAUCAAAGAAUAAAAUUGAUUUUUAUAAAGUAAAAGGUACCAUAUCAUACAAAUACCUCUGGAAGUAUUGUUUUUAUCAUCUACCGAUUUUGCACUUAAUUCCAAGGGGUUAUUACACCGGCAAAUGGACGUUACUAAAUACCGCAUAUAUAGCUGUAAUGAUUUCAUUAAAUAUUCAGCGACCAUUAGCAUGAUUGGUCUGUGUUCUUUGUCAAGUACACUCCCUUAUUUAUAUCUAAUAAAGACUGAUCCGUUAAUGGACACACAUUUUAAUUAAUCUAACAGGUCAUUGACAUGACACAGGUCGUCAUUUGUAAUGAUAUAAGGCUGGCAACCAUAUUUGAAUAGUUAAUAUCCUUUCGGAGAAGAGUAAGUUUUUGCGUAUGAAAAUGAAAAAUUCAUUUUAAAAUAGCCUUGGUUUGUGGUUCAAAAUACAGAGACGCAUAACCCUGAUACUUAAUUUAU